ACUGCUGCAUCAGCCUCCCUCACACCCCCCCUGACCUUUCUCUCCCCUCCCCUUAUCUCCUCGCAAGUCGCAAGUCGCAACUCAUACACGAUGUGCCCAAUGGCCCAUUCGCCUCGCUUCAAGUCCUCGCCUCCUCCACUCGCCCCCAGUGCAACACCACCGCACGUUCCAAAGGCCUUGCCCACCCAUGCCUCAUCCCUUCGCCUUGUCGCCUUACCCCCCUGUCGGCUGUACAACUGAUGUCGCGCCGCCGGGGGUGGGCAUCAUUUUGCUUGUCACGGUUGUUCAGAUGCAAGACGACAACCCAGGCACCACAGGACGGCCGCCAGAGCAGGGGUCUGAGGGUCCCCUUGUUCUGGCAUCUCGUCGUCGAGGCGUGCGACAAAAUUCUUGGGACGAUCCCGAAGGUUGCUUAAAUUCAUGCCGUUCCCUCGCACCCCCCUACUUUCCGAGUUCCCUCUUCUCUUAGAGAUUCCAUCACUGACAACUUUCACGAGGCGGGAUUUCCUAUUUGCUUCUUUUCUUAUUCUUCCGUUUACGUUUAAUUCUGUUCAACUUCUUCAAGAGGCUAGUCCUACCAAAAAGCGCGAGUCGCUAUUUCGAAUAUCUCCAACUUUUAGUAGUCACUCUCUCGACUCGUCUUCUCGACAACCACUAUUCACGACACUAUUUCCCCGGUUUUUAAAACUCGAUAAAAUCAAUAUCAAGAUGCAUAUCUCAGCCAUGGUUGUUUCGGCUCUGGCCGCCGUCGCUUCGGCCGUCGACGUCCAAGUCGUCUCCGUCGCCUCCACGAACAACACCCUCAAGUUCUUCCCGGAAAAGAUCAACGCCCCCGUCGGCUCCAUGGUUCAGUUCCAGUUCCGCGGCGGCAACCACUCCGUCGUACAGUCCACCUUUGACAACCCGUGCAUCCCCGUCUCCAACGUCAACACCUCGGCAAAGGGCGUCUACUCUGGCUACCAGCCCGUCGCCGCCUCCGCCGCCAAGGGCCAGAUUCCCGUCUUCACCGUCAUGGUCAACUCCACCACGCCCAUGUGGCUUUACUGCUCUCAGGGCAAGCAUUGCCAAAACGGCAUGGUGAUGGUUAUCAAUGAGAAGUGAGUCUACCCUCUGUUCUAUUCAAAUCCUCUACUUCACAGUCGUUGGUGUUUUUCGCGGCAAACGUCAAGCUUUCUUGAAGAGUGUUGGCAUCCCCCCGGUUAGCGCGUGCCGUCCUCGUGGCUGCACCACGUUUCAGCUUUCGGACGAUGACACAAGACGCAUGAACACCACCCUCACCCUCUCCCACACCACCUACAAACACAAGCAAACUCGGAAUGACACC